ACUCCCUGGAUUGAGCAAACCUCUACUCUAAUGGCUUCUACAUCUCUUUUCUCUCUGGCUGUGAUAUGGCUGACCAUUUUUGAGGCAAAACUACUAUGGAUGCUUAAAGCAUGGGAGCCCAUUGAUCCCACACAAGGCUUUCUUCCUGUCCCUAUAAACCAUUCAAACUUUGAGAUUCAGAGGCCUUAUGAUGUGCCAGAAGAUCAACGCUACAGAUUCAUCAAUGGAGUUCACAAGCUCUGGGUUUUCAAGACCGACAAGCCUCAUACUCCAAGUAGCCGAACAAAUCCUCGUACUGAGAUCCGUAUCCUUGGAUACAAUUAUGCUGUUGGGGUUUGGCAGUUUGAAGCGUAUGGAUAUGUUCCAGGUGGGACUUCUGGGGUGUGCAUAAUGCAAGUGUUUGGUGCAGAGAGACACGCCACGACCCUGAUGCUCAGAGUUUACGACGGCGACCUCUACUACUUCCGAAAACCGGCCAUAGUUCCAAGGAUCUGUGGGCGGUGGUUUCGGCUAAACGUGAUCCACGAUGUGGAUGCCGGUAGUCUCAAGGUUUAUGUGGAUGGAGUUCUGGUGCACGAGGCGGCAGGAAGGGGAGGGAAUAUGCAUUACUUCAAGUGUGGGGUGUAUGCACAAGAUAAUGGGUCUUUCUAUAUGGAGUCUCGCUGGAAAGAGAUUAGGGUUCUCAAGAAAUACGUUUGAGGAUGGAAACAUGCCUACUAUUCAAUAAUAAAAAUAAAGUUUAAUGUACAUAAAUAUUAAGCUACAUAUGCAUAAUGAAGAAUGAUGUUGACCGAUAGUUAUGCUUUCUUGAAACGAUGUUGUUUUAGACCAGAGUUCACCUUAUAAGAUGCAUUAUGGUCCACGAUAUGAUGAUUGA